UCUAAAGCGACGGUAAUCUUUACAAUCCAUACAAAAAGAAAACCGACAGAUUUUAGAUAUGUCCACAUCUUCAUACAGAAAGCGUUUUGGAGAUGUCACACGCAGCAGCGAGUAUUCCAGCCGCCGGUUCUCGAGACCUGUGCGUGCGUCCCGGGGGCCGUUUGGCGUCUCCGCAGCUCCGGUGAUUUACGCGACCAGGAGCUCCAAGGUCCGUAGCAGCAGAGUGACCCAGGACAACCUAGACUUUAAUCUCUCCGAUGCUUUAAACGCGGAGUUCAAGACGAAUCGCAUGAACGAGAAGACGCAGAUGCAAUCGCUGAACGACCGCUUCGCCAGUUACAUAGAGAAAGUGCGCGUUCUGGAGCAGCAAAAUAAGAUGCUGAGCGCGGAGCUCGAGCUGGUGCGCGGCAACAGGUCAUCGCGCGUCGCCGAUCUAUAUGAGGAAGAGAUGCGCGAACUACGGCGACAGGUGGAUCAGCUGACCACGGAGAAAACACGCGUGGAAGUGACACGAGACAACCUAUAUGAAGAUAUAGAGCGACUCAGAGAGAAACUGCAAGAUGAAAUUCUUCAACGCGAGGAAGCUGAGAACAACACAAGAAGUUUCAGACAGGAUGUGGAUAAUGCGGCUCUUGCUCGCGUAGAUCUGGAAAGAAAGGUGGAAUCACUACUGGAGGAGAUCGCCUUCCUGAGAAAACUUCAUGAAGAAGAGCUGGCCGAGCUGCAGGCACAGAUCCAGGACCAGCAGAUGCACGUGGACAUGGAUUUGGCUAAACCUGACCUAACAGCUGCUCUCAGAGAUGUUAGAUCUCAAUAUGAGAACCUGGCCACCAAAAACAUCCACGAGUCGGAAGAGUGGUACAAAUCAAAGUUUGCUGAUCUGACAGAGGCGGCCAACCGGAAUAAUGAGGCGUUGCGAUUUGCCAAGCAGGAGGCCAAUGAAUAUCGCCGACAGGUGCAGGCGCUCACCUGUGAGGUGGAUGCUCUUAAGGGUGCUAAUGAAUCUCUGGAGCGUCAGAUGAGGGAGAGAGAGGACACCUUUGCAAUGGAGUCGUCUUGUUCACAGGAUAAUAUUGCUUGUCUGGAAGAGGACCUUCAUAACAUAAAGGAUGAGAUGGCGAGACACCUUCAUGAGUAUCAGGAUCUGCUCAACAUCAAGAUGGCCCUGGACAUCGAGAUCGCCACCUACAGGAAACUUCUGGAGGGAGAGGAGAGCAGAAUUGCAACGCCUCUUCCAAACUUCUCCUCCUUAAAUCUGAGAGAAACAGCGAUCGAGCCCAAGCUUUUAACAGAAACUGCAACUACUAAGAAAGUGAUCAUCAAGACCAUUGAGACCAGAGAUGGUCAGCUGAUCAAUGAAUCCACUCAGAACCACGAUGACCUGUGAACAAACGCUUUAUCUUGCACUGCAAUCGAUCAACUGCAGCUCCGUGUGCCUCCAUUUAAUGUGAUGUGACCUGUUUCCAAGUGCCUUUAUCUGCCUAAAUUAACCCAAAAUGUGAUAGCACACAAGCAUUACCUGUAGAAUAAACUGUGAAUCUUUAUUUCUCCGAAAGUACACCCUUAUACAUAAAGAGUGCACAUUAUCUGUAACUAAAUUGAACAUAUUAAAGGAAUAGUCUACUCAUUUUCAAUAUUAAAAUAUGUUAUUACCUUAACUAAGAAUUAGGGGUGUGACGAGAUCUCGUCUUGGACUCGCCUGAAAAGUCCGCUCCCCUUCUCCCUCUCAUAAUGGGAGAGGGAGGGUGUUAAUGCGCCGAGUCGAAGUACUCCCAAAAGUGCUAUUACGCCAUAAAAUAUAGUUCCUCUUUUAAAUCCGCUUAGAAAAGCGCUACGUUUUAUUUUGUACCACCAAACUUGCUUGUAUAACUACUCGUCUUAAAUAGGAAAAACGUUGAUGUGUUUGGUCACUUCUAACUUUAUCUCUAAAUGGUACCAUUGAAUGAAUGGGGCUAAGCUAAAUGCUAUCGAAGCGUCGCAGCGCGCUCCAGCGCUUACGUGCACGCACACAGAUGAUAGAGGGAUGUAUCAACAAUUCUUAGUUAAGGUAAUAACAUAUUUUAAUAUUGAAAAUGAGUAGACUAUUCCUUUAAGCUAUGUACUCCCUUUUAAAGAGUAUCAUCCCAGUGACAGCUUUUGUACCUUUUUCUGAUUUUGUUUAAGUGCCUGAACCUGCUUUUAUUUUUCUUGCAACAUUAGUGAGCCAAACAUAAAACAUAACUUAGAACAACAAAGAUGAGUUGCUUUUUGUAUUUUUUAUUUGUUUAAAACAGGGGCGUAGCCAGAAUUUUAUUUUUGGGGGGUCCUAUCCUAAAAUGAGGGGGCAACUCAUAUAUAUACAAACUAAACAUAAAAAAUUGAUGUUUUUUGACGGGUAUACGUUUUUAAAAUGUAUUUUAAACAGGGUGGUUUUCUUGUCAAAAGUUAAACUACAAAACAGGUAAACCUUUUCUUUAAAUUUCGGUUAUGACAUGGAAAAUAUCUGCAUAGAACCUAAUUUAUGCCUGACACGCUUGUCUUUCUUGUGAUUUUAAUAUUAUGGUCGGUGUUCACUUUGAAAUGAUAGAAAAGAGAUUACUGAAAUAAAUAAUAUAAGAAUCAUCAGUUGUUUCUGUACCUAAAGUGAAUAGAGACGAUCAAAGUCAAAGCAAGCAAGCAGGUAUUUCUGUGCUAAAUAAUAAUGCGUAGUGUCUAUAAAACAAUACAUUUUAGCGUUUUUCUUGUUAUAAAUUAACAUUUAAUGAAUUGUAUAUAAAGCUUAGUUUUUAUCACUUACAGUAACAAUCACAAAAUGUCAUUUGUCGUUUUUUUCGUAAAAUUAAAUAAAAACACUGAAUUGUAGCCGGGGUUUCCAAGGCAGGAUCACAUUUGUAAUAUUUUUUAAGCUUAAUUAUCAAAUUUUUUUGUUAUAUCUUUGUGAGAUGUUCUGUAGAUCGUGGCUUUAAAAUGUUAUGAGGAAUGAUUAAACAAAUGUUUAUGUUGCCUUACAUUUUACCUUAAAAAAAUGAUAUGAAUGCAUCAUCAGUUUUGUCUUCGCUCAUCACUUGAAAGACAGUUUUGGUCACUUUAUCAGAAAGUUCUU